AUGUUAUCAGUAAUUCCACCAACGUCAAUUGCACUUGCCGUAGAACCAGACGGAUCUAGUCAUAGAGAAGCUAUCGUUUCAGUAUCUCCAGCUUCGCCUCAAGAAGAUUCGGCAGGGUUUAGUGGUACCGCUGGAGGGUUUAAUGACGGAGGAGGAGUAUUUGUAACACCUCAAGCCACUAAUCCAACUCCAAGUAUAGCCUUAGCAGUUGGUACCACCUUUCAGAAUUGGGAACAUGUAGAUGAAUAUUUGGAUAUUUAUGGUAGAGAGAGAGGAUUUGUAGUUAGAAAAAAACGAGUUGAAAGGGAUGAAAUGGGAAUGGUUAGAAAACGAACAUAUGAUUGUGAACAUGGAGGAAGAUAUACACCUAAAAAGAAAGCAGCAGUACAUGAACAACGUAAUCGAACAUCAAAACGAAUUGAAUGUGGAUGGCAUAUUAAUCUUUCAUUUCCUAAAACCAGUUCACAUAUAACUGUUACAACAUUUGUUAAUGAACAUAAUCAUGAACUUAAUAAUCAACAAACCAGAGAUCAAACGAGACCAACAACACAAUCAUCUACAACUCAAACAGUUCCAUCACCGAGAUAUCGUAGUGUAAUAGAAGCAGCAUCAUCACCAAAGAAUCGUAAUUUACCUAAAGCAGUUCUUGAUGAUAUCGAAUUUUAUACUUUACACGGGAAUCUUGGUGUAACAACUCAACGACAAUUAUUGAAAGCAAAAUAUCCUAAUCAUCAAUUACCAGCUCGAGAUAUUGCUAGUGCAGUACAAAAGUUUAAAGGAGGAACGGAUUUAAAAGGAUUAGAAAAUGAUGCAUCAAAACUUUGGAUUUGGGAAUUAGCAAGAAAAGCAACAACGAUUGCAGUUAAUCAACAGGAUAACAGUUUAGAAGAAAUUUUACGACGGUAUAUUAGAGAAAAAGAAGAUCCCAUCGUGAUUAGACAAGCGACGCAACCAACUCAAGAAUAA